AUGCUCCGGCGUCGGCGGGUGGAGAGGGGGGAGCUUCAGCCCGGCACCGGUCAUUUACACCCGGCAUCGGUCAUUUACACCCGACACCGGGACCAGGACGGAGCCUCCGCCGCCAGCACCGGUACCGGCUCCGGUUCCGCUCCCCCGCUCCCUCCCCUCCUGGCACCGGCAUCACUCCUUGGAUCCCGGCAUCGGGACGCGCCGGCCUCCUUCAGCACCGGCACCGGCUCUUCUGCCCCCGGCAUAGGGUCCACUCCUCCCUCCGGCACCGACACACCGGUUCUCCCCCGGCACUGGGACCAGUCCGUCUCCCCGGCGACACCGGGACUGGUCGUCCUUCUCCGGCAGAAGGAGGAGGAGGAGGAGGAGGAGGAGUCGUGGGGACCCCUCCCCACGGAAACCAGCGUGGGGAGGCAAUGCUGUGUCCCUCCCUGGGGUGCGUGGGGCUCCCAGAGGAGGAGGAGGAGGAGGAGGAGGAGGCAGCAGCCCAGCAUGCGGCAAGCUCCGGCACCGUCGGCAAUGCGAGCGAUGGCAGACCAGGCUGUGGUGGCAGCGGAUGCCUCUCCGACCCUGGCACCAUCCCCGGGCUCUCCUCGGUGUGGGGACACUGAGGGGCUACCUCCCCAUCCCGCCGGCACCAGGGAAGACGGUGGCAGCCGGGAUGGCUGCGGGCUUCUUUUUGCUGUGGAUGGGGACAUGAAGCCUCUCCCCUCACCCCAGGCUGGGGGGAUGCUCCUGGCCGACCUCCCGCGGGUCCCCCAGCCCCGGCUGAGCCCGGCCAAAUCCCGCACGGCCCCAUCCUCCCCCAGCAUCUCCCCGUCGGAGAGCCGUGCCACCCUGCUCCGGCUGCGGGAUGCCAGGCUGGAGGACACCAAGAGGCGGCUGUCGGAGGCCGUGCAGGAGCCCCUCAGCCGGCUCAGCCGCCUCAUGGCCGAGGAGAGCAGCCCCAUACAGCGGGCGAAGGCGGGCACCGGGAGUCAGGAGACGGGGGGCAGCCCCAGGCAGGCGGGGGGCAGCGGGGCUGGGGGACGCCAGGUACGGGACUGGAGCCCCUGGGAGCCCACCCUGAACUGCCGCUACGAGAUCUGCUCCUACGGGGACGUGAUCCAGGUGGUGGAGGUGGCACGGAGGGAACUGCCACCCCCCGAGGAGCCACCCCCAGCACGGCCAGGGGGCACAGUGCCGGGCAGAGCCCUCGCCUCCAUUGCCCUCCUCGCUUACGGCUACUUCAUCCUGCCGCUGCCACCCUACGCCGCCGGCCUCUGCCUGGGGCUCCUCUGUGGGCUGGUGCUGGGCUUCCUCACCAUCCUCCUCCUCCUGCCGAAGCCUCCGCCGGUGGCACGGGGACCACGGGGCCGCCUGUGCCCUGAGCUGCUGCCGGGGGAGCCAUGGGAAACUCAUCACCUCCAGGGCUGGAUGAACCAGCUGCACGUCUACGACCCCGAGCUCUUCCACCCAUCACUCACGCACUCGGUGCUGGCCACGCUGGAUGGAGCCACCCUCAAGCUCUCCUACCCCAAGAGCAACAUCCCACGCCGAGCCACCUUCGAGGAGGAAAUCCUGGAUACCGUCUUCAUCAGCCACCGCUACUACGACCUGACUGAUGCCAAGGUCUUCCUCUGCCCCCCCAGCCUGGCCAGAAAGCGGACAUGGAACAAGAAAUACCCCAUCUGUGUCCUCCUCCCUGACCCGGUGGACAUGGAGUGCAGGAGCAGUGAGGAGCAUGACGUGGAGCCACCAAGAGAUGAAGGGAUGAAGAAGUUGCUGGGCCAGGACGUCCCAGGGGAUUGCAAGGAGAGAUGCCUGUACCUCUUCGGGCGGACUGGGAGGGAGAAGGAGGAGUGGUACCAGCACCUCGUGCGAGCCUCCCGUGGGACCCCCAGCAGCAGCCACGGAGAAGCUAGGGCAGGCAUUGGACCAGCUCCACGGAGCAGUGACAGCAGCAGCGCAGGGAGCGCUGAAGACAUCCCCUCUGCCAUCCCACCCAAGGACCUGGAGGGAAACGUCCAACAGAUUUUCCUGGAUUACAGCACCUACAUGGCACGAUUCAUGCCGGCACAGGCUGGGGGCAGCCCAGACCGGAGCCCCUCUCACGGAGGACUGGGCAGCCCCACGCCCACCAAGCCUGGUGAGGACACGGCCAGGCGCAGCGAGGUGUGCAUGGCCUGGAUGAACGCACUGGUGGGGCGCAUCUUCUGGGACUUCCUCCGGGAGCGAUACUGGGCCGAGCAAGUGUCCAAUAAGAUCCAGAAGAAGCUGAGCAAGAUCAAGCUCCCAUAUUUCAUGAAUGAGCUGACGCUGACAGAGCUGGACAUGGGCACAUCCAUCCCCUCAAUCCUCAGUGCCUCCAACCCCACCAUCAAUGACCGAGGGCUCUGGGUGGACAUGGAGGUCACCUACAGCGGCUCGUUGCAGAUGACGCUUGAGACGAAGAUGAACCUCUGCAAGCUGGGGAAGGAGAGCGCUGCAGAGGAGAGCGGCCCGGCAGAGGCGGGCGGAGAGGGGGCCAGGCCACGGCUGAUCCUGCUGGCAGACAGCGACGCAGAGUCGUCCAGCGCCGGCUCCUCUGAGGAGGAAGACAUCACCACUGCAGAGCCCGUGGGAGCCCUGGGGGAGCGGGUCCCCCCACCCGGCACUGAGGGCCACGUCAGCGGUAACAGCACCAGCCGGAAGAUCCUGCGCUUUGUGGAUAAGAUCGCCAAGUCCAAGUACUUCCAGAAGGCCACAGAAAAUGAGUUCAUCAAAAAGAAGAUCGAGGAGGUUUCCAACACGCCGCUGCUGCUGACGGUGGAGGUGCAGGAGCUGGCAGGGACCUUGGCCGUGAACAUCCCUCCGCCUCCAACGGACCGUGUCUGGUACAGCUUCCGAGUCCCACCCCAGCUGGAGCUGAAGGUGCGCCCAAAGCUGGGUGAGCGGGAGGUGACAUUCCUCCACGUCACCGAGUGGAUUGAGAAGAAGCUGCAGCAUGAAUUUCAGAAAAUUUUGGUGAUGCCAAACAUGGACGAUCUCAUCAUUCCCAUCAUGAGCUCUGGCCUGGAUCCUCAGCCACCCACUGGGGGACUGCCCAGGGACCUACCAGCCAAGGGGGAGAAGAGGCCUUGAAGCACAGCCCCACGGGGAGGGCAGAGACACUACACAGAGCUCAGGGACCUCACGGGGACACAGAGCCAACCAGGGCCUGGUCACUGACUGCACCCAGGGCUACGCCGUGGGGUCUGAGCUUCUCGGUUCAUCUCAUCCUCAGCACUUUUGUAGAUGAGCCUCCUCCUUAAAUACCGCAAGCACACGUUCAGAGCAGAACCAAACCCAGGGCAAGGGGUUUGCUGGAGACCCAAGAACUUCAUGUAUCUCCUACAAGGUUCCCAGGACUCCUGGUCAAGGGGGCGGACUGGGUUUCCCACUGUCUGGUCCCCAAAAAGAGGACACAGGACACUCAGACCUGUUCUGCACUGAAGGAGUUGUGAUCACCACUGAUCCAAGACAUCACAGCUCCAAAAGGCAUCACACCCUCCCCGCAGCUGGACUGCAUGGAGAACAUGGGUAGGAAAUGAGUCCAAAAUCCAAAUAAAAUCCAUCACUGCCCAGUAUUACCUCACACAUCGUACACAAGUUCCCACAUCUGCUGAGGAUGCCGGCUGGGAUCGUGGGGCUUUGUGCAGAGAGAAGUCCACGGGUCAUACUUUCAGCUCAGCAAAAGGAGUGUCUGGGUGUGCACAUGUGAGAGGUGGUCAAUGAGACCGGGCAGGUAACAGGGAGACCCUGUAUCCCCAGCAGAAACUGGGGCAGGAGUGCUGGUACCUGCUCUGCUCUCCUCUGAAAGAGAGGAAGGGGAGUCUUCACCGUGGUUUGGGUGGAAAAAAUUCACUGAGCAAGGGAAAGGGAGGAUCCAGCGGACAGAGCAGACUGUCCCAGUCCCAUAUGGGCCCACCCCAACUGCUACCUGUCCCAUCCUCACCUGCUGAGGAGCCUCAAGGAGCCUCAAGGACACACUGCUGCCCACAGGCGGCACUGAAUACAGAUGAGACACCCCUCCAGAAGGAAGACAGGCAACAGGCAUGGCUUGAAGCCUUUUUAUUGAAGGUGCCUGGUUAUGUAGCCUUGCAUAUCUCAGUCCUUACAGCUCUUCCUGCGCUCCUGGCUUCCCUUUCACCAGGUGUUUCUUCUGAGGGCCCUGGAAGAGAGCAAAGAGGAGAGAUAUCAGUGUUAGUGGCAGACAGACCUGGCCUACAAGGCUGCAUGUGAGCUGCGUGGAAAAGAGCUGCAUCUCUGCUCCCUUUCUCUUGUGCAAGGCUGCUCCUUCUCUCUGCUCCAGCUGGGAGCCCUGUGCCACCAUUCACUGGCCACCCCCGGGGCCUCCCUAGCCCUGCAGGAGUCAGGAGUGGAACACGGUUGCCCUUGCACAAGGGGUUUGUUUCUCUGGACAUCACAAAAGGAGCCAGAGAGUGGCAACGAGUGACUUGCUCCGAGCCAGUUGGGCUGGCCUGCAGUGAGCCCACAGUGGUGGAGCACUUCUGAGCUGCUGUAGGAGCCCUGGAGGAGGCAAGGCCUCCCACAGCCAAAGGCACAGAUCCUCAUCAGCCAACUCAACAGAGCUGGAGGGGUUUCCACCAGCAAAGAAAAGGGGUUAUCCCAGACCAAAUAAGUCCUACAUGGCAAGAAUUAUUUAUGUGUCUCUACUUCCAGCCAAAUGUAAAGUUUUGCCACAGUGUACAGGGGGGGAAACUCUCACCCCACAGUAGAAAAGGACAAAGAAAACAUCUGCAACCAGGUAGAACCACCUCCACGUCACAGCUACUGAGGACUUGCAGCGACAGCAAGAGCAGAACGCAGAGCAAGCUCCUAAUGCUGAGAUAAAGGAAAACAUCUUAACCUCUAAAGAGCUCUGCAGAGACACCGCGCAGCCAAUCCCCCCUCCCAGGGCUCAGGAGGCUUAGCCAGUUUCACAUGGGAUUUCUAGCUGACAGGCCAGAUCCAGACACGUCCGCGUGGUAUCCAGAGAGUUGUUUUCUUUCAUUUCUGCUGGCUGAAGGCCUGGCUUACUUAACGCUUCCUCAAUUUCACAUUCAGACUUGUGCACCAGCCUGGUGUAGGUUGCAAAACUAUUCAGGAAACUCUGCUUGUUUUGGAUUUAUUUAAUUUUUUUUUUUUUUUGGCCCUAGGUUUAAGAAAAAUACACUGCUCGGCCUUUCUGAAAGCUUCCUGACAAAAGAAUCACAAAUUUGUGACUGAAUUUGACCCAACCUUUUCCUCUUAAGAACAUUAAAGUUAUAAAUCAUUCCAAACAAAUCAAAGAAGUGCACAAUUAUGGGUGAAAGGGACCAUAUGUCCAAGGCAGUGCCUGCCAAGUUAACUGCUUGUUUAAAACAUCCUGUGGUGAAUGGAAACUGGUUGGCCAUAUGGUAUAUUAUUUGUUAGUUGGGUUGUCUUGGAUCACUUGCGCAACCAUCAUGUUCUUCCUUAGCGUAAUAUCUGCUUGUAUGAAUUGAAUUCAUGCCUGUCUUUUAUGCAAGACAGUCCUGAUCACUCAUUUGGCUGUUGUUAUAUCGAGAAGCAGAUGUUUAGUUGGAGUCAAUCAGUUGCUUCAACCCCAGCUGCAAGCACAGCCCAGGAGCUGGAGCCGGCGCGGAGCGUA